AUGGGGCGCUAUCUGGUGAGGGAUAUGCUGAUCUCGACCCUGAAGAUGGACCAACUGUUGUUGGAGGUGACAACUUCUGCUGCGACUCACCAACGCGCGCUCGCCUUGCUCCACGAGAUGCGCGACCGGGGACACCACGCCGACGAGUACACCCUCCCGCCCAUCCUCAACUCCGCCGCGCUCCUCCGCGUCCCGGCUGGCGCCGACGCGCUCCACUCCCUCCUCCUCCGCGCGGGGCUCGCCGCGCACCUCCACGUCGCCAACGCCCUCGUCGACGCAUACGCCAAGCUGUCCCGCCACGGCGCCGCGCGGGCCGUGUUCGACGAAAUGCCACACCGCGACGUGGUCACCUGGACCUCCCUCCUCACGGGGCUCGCGCGCUCUCGCUCCCACGACCCCGCGCUGCGGGUGUACCGCGACAUGGUCGCCUCGGGGAUCAGGCCUGACGAGUUCGUCGUCGCGGCCGCGCUGAGCUCGUGCGCUGGCGCCACCGCGCUCGAGCUGGGCCUUUCUGUGCACGCCACCGCGGUCAGGCUCGCGCUGGACCCCUUCCUCUCGGUCGGGAACUCGCUGGUGUCCAUGUACGCCAAGACCGGCUCGCUGGGCGAGGCCAAAAAGGUGUUCGACGCUAUGCGUGUUCGGCGUGACCCCAUCACGUGGACGGCCCUGAUCGUCGGGUACGCCCAGAACGGCCGGGGCAAGGAGUCGCUGGAGGUCUACACCGACAUGGUCCGGUCCGGGUGCAGGCCGGACUACGUCACCUUCAUCGGGCUGCUAUUCGCGUGCAGCCAUGCUGGCCUGGUCGAUGCCGGCCGGGCGCACUUCCGGUCCAUGCAGGCCGAGCACGGCGUGGCGCCUGGACCAGACCACUACGCUUGCAUGGUCGACCUGCUAGGCCGAGCCGGGCGGCUCGACGAGGCCAUGGACCUGCUGAGCCAGAGCACGACAAGGCUGGACGCCACUGUCUGGAAGGCGCUGCUCGGCGCUUGCCGGACGCACGGGAACGCGGAGCUCGGCGAGCACGCGGCCGAGAUGGUGUGGGGGCUGGACCCGACUGACGCCGUGCCGUAUGUCAUGCUGUCGAACCUCUACUCGCGGGCAAGGCGGUGGGCCGACGUGGCGAGGGUCAGGACGCUGAUGAAGUCGAGAGGGAUCACCAAGGAACCCGGGUGCAGCUGGGUGGGAGUAAACGGUGUGACACACUUGUUCUAUGUGGAGGACCGGGGGCACCCCCGGGCGGAAGAGAUUUACCGGAAGGUGGAGGAGAUGAUGGACAGGAUCCGAGCUGAAGGAUACGUGGCAGAUACUGACUGGGCACUGCAGGAUGAGGGGCCGGAGGGGAGGGAGAAGGGUCUAGCCUACCACAGCGAGAGGCUCGCCGUUGCAUUUGGGCUGCUUGCUGUGCCGGCCGGCGCGCCGAUCCGUGUGUUCAAGAACCUCCGGGUGUGCGGUGACUGCCAUUCCGCGAUCAAGAUGAUCGCCAAGGCGUACGGCCGGGAGAUCAUACUGAGGGAUGCCAACUGCUUCCAUCACAUGAAGAAUGGUUUAUGUUCGUGCGGCGACUACUGGUAG